UUAUCGGCAGCCAUCUUCUUGGGGGUGCUGGGAGCCGGGAAGACCCCCCGAAUCGUUCCCAUUGAGCUGUCCUUCGUCUUCGCCUUUUUCCCUUCCCCCCUUUCCCUUCACUUUUGCUGCUUCUGCGUGGCCAACAAGCACCCAGUCCCGCAGCUGAGAGAGAGCGAGCCCCGGUGUAAGCGCGUGUCGCGCUCCCGGUUGGGGCAGGGGGAGGGCCGGGGCGAACCGUUGCUGCCUCGGCCCGGGCAGAGGUCCGGAGACGGGGGGUACGGCUCCCGGCGGCCCUGGGACGCGGGGCCUGCGGCGGUCCCCGCGGCGCUGCUCGCGGCAACCGGCCACCGGCGCAGUCCUGCGCGGCCCGCGCGAGCGGCGCGCGGAGGAAGGGGCUGGGGCAGCGGCGGCUGUAGCGGCCGCGACCGGGGCGGGCGGACGAGCGGGGACGGGCCUCGGGGCCGCCGUGGAUGGUUUCUAAAAUGAUCAUUGAAAACUUCGAGGCCCUCAAGUCCUGGCUCAGCAAGACCCUCGAGCCCAUCUGUGAUGCAGAUCCAUCAGCCCUAGCAAAAUAUGUUCUGGCUUUGGUAAAGAAAGAUAAAAGUGAAAAAGAGUUAAAGGCAUUAUGUAUUGAUCAGCUGGAUGUAUUUCUUCAGAAAGAGACACAGAUAUUUGUGGAGAAACUUUUUGAUGCUGUGAAUACAAAGAGUUAUCUACCUCCUCCUGAGCAGCCAUCAGCAGGAAGCCUAAAGGUAGAAUUUUUUCAGCACCAAGAAAAAGAUAUUAAAAAGGAAGAGAUCACAAAAGAGGAAGAACGAGAGAAAAAGUUCUCUAGAAGGUUAAAUCAUAGUCCUCCUCAGUCAAGCUCUCGUUACAGAGAAAAUAGAAGUCGUGAUGAGAGGAAAAAAGAGGAUCGUUCUCGCAAAAGAGAUUAUGACCGAAACCCUCCUCGAAGAGAUUCCUACAGAGACCGGUACAACAGAAGAAGGGGGCGCAGUCGCAGCUACAGCCGAAGUCGGAGUCGGAGCUGGAGCAAGGAGAGACUGCGUGACAGGGACAGAGAUAGGAGCAGAACACGAAGCAGGAGCAGAACACGAAGCAGGGAAAGAGAUCUGGUAAAACCUAAAUAUGACCUGGAUAGAACGGAUCCCUUAGAAAACAAUUAUACUCCAGUCUCUUCGGUACCUAGUAUUUCAUCUGGUCACUAUCCUGUACCCACUUUGAGCAGCACUAUUACAGUUAUUGCUCCUACUCAUCAUGGUAACAACACUACUGAAAGUUGGUCUGAAUUUCAUGAAGAUCAGGUGGACCAUAACUCUUACGUAAGACAACCGAUGCCAAAGAAACGAUGUAGAGACUAUGAUGAAAAGGGUUUUUGUAUGAGAGGAGACAUGUGCCCUUUUGAUCAUGGAAGUGACCCAGUAGUUGUAGAAGAUGUGAAUCUUCCUGGUAUGCUGCCUUUUCCAGCACAACCUCCUGUUGUUGAAGGACCACCUCCUCCUGGGCUGCCCCCACCGCCACCAAUUCUUACACCCCCACCUGUGAAUCUCAGACCUCCAGUGCCACCUCCUGGUCCGUUACCGCCCAGCCUUCCACCUGUCACAGAUGAUAUUUCUUAUUCUUUGGUUUUGACAGGACCACCACCUCCUCUUCCUCCUUUGCAGCCAUCUGGCAUGGAUGCUCCCCCAAAUUCUGCGACCAGUUCUGUUCCUACUGUAGUAACAACUGGCAUUCAUCAUCAAACUCCUCCAGCUCCACCCUCUCUUUUUACUGCAGUUUUUGUAUUACCAGAUACAUAUGACACAGAUGGCUACAAUCCUGAAGCCCCAAGUAUAACGAACACUUCCAGACCUAUGUACAGACACAGAGUGCAUGCGCAGAGGCCUAACUUGAUAGGACUGACAUCAGGGGAUAUGGAUUUGCCACCCAGAGAAAAGCCACCUAAUAAAAGCAGUAUGAGGAUAGUGGUGGAUUCAGAGUCAAGGAAAAGAACCAUUGGUUCUGGGGAGCCUGGAGUUCCUACGAAGAAGACUUGGUUUGAUAAACCAAACUUUAACAGAACAAACAGCCCAGGCUUUCAGAAGAAGGUUCAGUUUGGAAAUGAGAACACCAAACUAGAACUUAGAAAAGUUCCUCCAGAGUUAAAUAAUAUCAGCAAACUUAAUGAACAUUUUAGUCGAUUUGGAACCUUGGUUAACCUACAGGUAGCCUAUAAUGGUGAUCCUGAAGGUGCUCUUAUCCAAUUUGCCACUUAUGAAGAAGCAAAGAAAGCAAUAUCAAGUACAGAAGCAGUGUUAAAUAAUCGCUUUAUUAAGGUUUAUUGGCACAGAGAAGGAAGCACUCAACAGUUACAAAAUACUUCCCCAAAGGUCCUACAGCCUUUAGUCCAGCAGCCCAUUUUGCCUGUUGUGAAACAGUCAGUCAAAGAGCGGUUGGGUCCAGUACCUUCAAGUACUGUUGAGCCAGCAGAAGCCCAGAGUGCCAGUUCAGAACUUCCUCAGAAUGUAACUAAGUUAUCUGUGAAGGACAGGUUGGGUUUUGUAUCAAAGCCAUCUGUUUCAGCAACUGAAAAGGUGUUGUCUACAUCUACUGGUCUAACUAAAACAGUGUAUAAUCCAGCUGCGUUGAAGGCUGCACAAAAAACCUUACUAGUUUCCACGUCUGCAGUUGAUAAUAAUGAAGCACAGAAGAAGAAGCAGGAGGCACUGAAACUUCAGCAGGAUGUAAGAAAAAGGAAACAAGAAAUUUUGGAAAAGCACAUUGAAACACAAAAGAUGUUAAUUUCAAAACUGGAGAAAAAUAAAGCAAUGAAAUCUGAAGAUAAAGCAGAAAUCAUGAAAACUCUUGAAGUUUUGACAAAAAAUAUCACCAAGUUGAAAGAUGAGGUCAAAGCUGCGUCUCCUGGUCGCUGUCUUCCAAAAAGUAUAAAGACCAAGACUCAGAUGCAAAAAGAAUUGCUUGAUACAGAGCUGGAUUUAUAUAAGAAGAUGCAAGCUGGAGAAGAAGUCACUGAACUUAGGAGGAAGUAUACAGAAUUACAGCUGGAGGCUGCAAAACGAGGGAUUCUUUCCUCUGGUCGGGGUAGAGGAAUUCAUUCAAGAGGUCGAGGUACAGCUCAUGGCCGUGGCAGGGGUCGAGGUCGAGGGCGAGGGCGAGGUGUACCUGGUCACGCUGUGGUGGAUCACCGUCCCAGGGCAUUGGAGAUUUCUGCGUUUACAGAGAGUGAUAGAGAAGAUCUUCUUCCUCAUUUUGCGCAAUAUGGUGAAAUUGAAGAUUGUCAGAUUGAUGACUCUUCACUUCAUGCAGUAAUUACAUUCAAGACAAGAGUAGACGCUGAAGUAGCUGCAGUUCAUGGAGCUCGUUUUAAAGGGCAGGAUCUAAAAUUGGCAUGGAAUAAACCAAUAGCUAACAUUUCAGCAGUGGAAACAGAAGAAAUUGAAGCUGAUGAAGAGGAAUUUCAGGAAGAGUCUUUGGUGGAUGAUUCAUUACUUCAAGAUGAUGAUGAAGAAGAAGAGGACAAUGAAUCUCGUUCUUGGAGAAGAUGAUUUGGCUGAUCAUUGAUCUGCAUAUGCUAGAACUCUACCUGUGUUGCAUUAGGAUUAUCUAAUGUACUUUACAUAUUUGUAAAAACAAUUUUUGCUAAAAUGUGAUGAAGAUGGAUUUCACAAAUAGACAAAAAAGAAGAAAACUACCUUCUGAUCCUGUAUUUUGAAAGAUUGAUAUUUACGUUUUAUUUCAGUAAACAGUUGCUAAAGACAUCACACUAGAAACAUAUGCAACGUUUUUAUUACAUACUUCUACUGAACAUUACAGAAUUCUUUGGGUUCUUUGUAAUUUAAUGAAUAGGUCUGAAAACUUAUGACCAAUACUUGUUAUAACUUAGAGGAUUUUGUUUUACUCCAAAUAAGGAAUGAAUUUGCAUUUAAAAUCUUAAUGAAUGUUUUCAAAAAUGAAUAGAUAACAUAGUGCUCUAACUAAAGUCUCCAAGUUAUGUAUUCAUAUUACAUAGUAGUAUGCUUAGGCUUUACUAUGUAUUAGGCUUUUGUUGGACUUGUGUAUGUAUUUUACCAUAUGGGUUUUAAUGAUAAUGGUGUAUGACUGCUUUACGUAUGAGUCCUUAUGCAUCUGGAUGUUAAAAAAAUAAAGUGGAAUGGUCUCUUAAAAAAAAAAAAAGAAAGAGAAAAGAAAAAGCAAUGACAAAAAAAAAAAAAAAGACCAAGACAAUGUUCCUUCAUUU